AACCGAACGCGACGCCGCCGGACGUUUGUAGACUGAAGUUAAAAUGCAAGCAGUGCAGCGGAGCAAGAGGCUGGGCAGACCUGUCUUCCUUGCAUCGACUUCAUUCCUUCGACUUUCAUCCGACCCUCGCGUUUUUUUAUCAUCAACCUUCUCUUCUGCUUUUUCUGUCUUCCCCCCGUCAUCGUCGAACUCUCAAACUUCUCUGGUUUCUGCUUCCUCUCCCGCCACCAGUCGCACCACCUGGACUUCGUCUCCCAUCCACCUGCUCAACUCUCCAUGGUCCGCCAUUCAGUGUCGGGCGAUGAAAGUCUCCGGUUCUGAUGUCAGAGUUGGAAAUAUCAUUGAAAAACAAGGGCGGAUAUAUGAGGUCCUUAAAGUAGAUCAUUCUCAUGAAGGAAGAGGGAAAGCUACAAUCAAGGUGGAACUUCGUGACAUUGGUUAUGGAAACAAGUUAACCCAACGGUUCGGCACAGAUGAGGAUGUGGAAAGAGUCUAUGUGCAGGAUAAAAAUUUCAUGUACAUGUGCAUGGAUCAUGAUGGCACAGUAGUAUUGAUGGACCCUGAUACAUUGGAUCAAGUGGAGUUGUCUAGAGACUUGUUUGGCAAGAAUGCUGCAUAUCUACGAGAUGAAAUGAAAGUUAAGGUGCAGUUUUAUGAUGACAAACCACUAUCUGCGUCUGUUCCCAAGCGUGUAACAUGUACUGUAAAGGAAGAGAUUGCAGCCACGCCACGGAAUAAAAAAGUAGCACUGGACAAUGGCAUUAUAGUUGAAGUGCCACCCCACAUCGUGGUUGGUGAUGCAAUAGUUGUUAAUACAGAGGAUGACUAUUACAUGGAAAGGGCCAAGGCAUAGCACGUCUUCAUUCAGGAUUUGAGCAGCACAAACAUCCAAAGUUAAUGUUUGUUACAAGGACGGAACCAGCUCGGUUACUUUUACUUCGUUUGUCUUUGAUGAUAAAAAGUCCCUUUGUUUUAUUGGUGGAAGUUGAAUUUAUUUGACAGAUAGACAUGAGCAUACGAUUAGUGUUUUGAUUACGCUGACAUUAAUUUGUCGGAGCCCAUUGAAGGGCAAAUUAUAGAUAUCAUUAUUUGCAGUUCGGUCAGGUGGCCGGAGGAUGCACUCCUUGUUUUCCGAACUUAAUAGUCGAUGAUUGUUUGUGACAUUUAUUAAGUUGCAGCUUACAACAUACACUCUGGUUUGAAACUAUCUGAUAAAAAAAAAAAAAUUUGCAGCUUGGUUUAAGCUGCAAAGCAAUGACCGUGUCCCAAUCGAUGUGUUGCGUAGUUGGGGUUGGAGAGAAGCAAAGGAGGGAAAGAUUCAUUUAAGGGUCCAAACGCACAGAGGGGCCGACGCAUGUAAUAAAUUAGUCAUUUCGUUUGGGAAUGUAUGGUCUAAUGUGAUUUGUUUUGACUUCAAAUGUAAUAUAUCAAUAAAUUUUAUUUUUCAUA